CGUAAGAUGGAGUUCUCUUUGCCUAGUUUGCCACUGCUGAAAAUCUUCUCCUAUCUGGAUGCCUUCAGUUUGCUACAGGCUGCCCAAGUGAACAAGGACUGGAAUAAAAUUGCAAGCAGUGACAUCCUGUGGAAGAAGCUCUGUGUGAAGAGAUGGGUCUUUUGCGAGGACGUCACCCCGCAGCUUCUGGGCACAGAGACAUGGAAGCAGUUCUUUCAUUAUAAAAUAUGGCAAGAACACACCAAGUCCCGGGAAAAGCCAGAAGAUUUCACUUACAAGGAAAUUCAUAUGAAGACAACAGGAUUUCGGGAACAUGCAUGUUAUCUCUCCGGGUGUGGCUUAACAAGAAACCAACAAGACAGAUCAGUUGUCUGUAUUGCAAAUCCCAAGGCCCAGAUUUCUGCCCGGGAUAUUCAUGAGGACAGGGAAGAUGGGGAGCCACAGCCCAAGCAGCUCAGAGAAGAGGAAGAGGAGCACAGGGAACUCAGGCUUCAGAACUAUGUCCCAGAGGAUGAAGACCUGAAGAGGUGUCGGGUCCCCCAGGCCAAACCAGUUGCAGUGGAGGAGAAGGUGAAGGAGCAGCUGGAGGCUGCCAAGCCAGAGCCUGUCAUUGAGGAAGUGGACCUGGCCAACCUGGCACCUCGGAAACCUGACUGGGAUCUGAAGAGAGAUGUUGCUAAGAAGCUGGAGAAGCUGGAGAAGCAGACCCAGAGUGCCAUUGCAGAGCUGAUCCGUGAACGGCUGAAAGGCCAGGAGGACAGCCUGGCCUCUGCAGUGGCUGCCAACAUUGAAACAGAGGCCUGUGACUCCGACUAACAUGUUUUCCUAUUUCAUCUCUUCAGCACAGACAUCUCCUCUGAUGUAAAUUGUGCUUUUUUACUUCUAUAA